AUGGAUCCCUUGGACAUGGCACAAGACCCAGUGAGCCACCAUGAACCCAUCAGCUUUGGAAUUGACCAGAUCUUGAACAGUCCAGAGCAGACUACAGGUUACCCCUACCCCAGGGCUGAGGAACUGGACCAUCAUGGAGCUGGUGCCUACUCUGCCAUGUAUGGUCCAGCCAGCUCUUCCUACAGCCUUAACAUGAGGAUGGAUGUCAGCAUGAAUGUCAAUGUUCGACCAGCUGGGGUGAUAAGAGUGCCAGCUCACAGGCCACUACCACAGGUGGCCCCCACACCAGGAGUGCCAAGAAUGACAGGAUUCUCUGCAAUUACAUUCCCAUGGAUGGAAAGCAGCAGAAGGACCCCAAAAGAGAGGAUAGCAGCUGCUCUCCCGGCCUUCUCUUUGUCUCGGCGGAUUGGUCAUCCAUAUCAGAAUCGCACGCCUCCAAAGAGGAAGAAACCUCGAACUUCAUUCAGUCGCCUCCAGAUCUGUGAGCUCGAGAAGAGAUUCCACCGACAGAAGUACCUGGCAUCGGCUGAAAGAGCCACUCUGGCAAAAUCUCUGCGCAUGAGCGACUCUCAAGUCAAGACAUGGUUUCAAAACCGCAGGACAAAGUGGAGGCGUCAGACAGCUGAAGAAAGAGAAUCUGAGCGCCAGCAGACAAAUCGUAUGAUGAUGCAGCUUCAGCAAGAAGCCUUUCAGAAAAGUCUCCAACCAUCUCUUCCCCGGGACCCUCUGUGUACACAUAACUCCUCACUCUGUGCAUUGCAGAACCUACAGCCCUGGGCUGAUGAGACCACCAGCUGUUGA